UUCAUGUUCUUGCAGAGGACAGCCUGAUCCACUGUGAAAAAUACCAGCUAUUAAAUGUGUCCUGAAUAUUAAAAAAAUGAGAUUUCCAGCUAAGAUUGUAUGGCUUCUAUUAUGGACUGCUUGUGUAGCGCAAGAUUGUCCAGAACCCCCUCCAGGAAUAAAACCAGAAAUUCUGACAGGUUCCUGGUCUGACCAAACGUAUGCAGAAGGCACUAGGGCAACAUACAAAUGCAUCCCAGGAUACAGAACCCUUGGGUCUAUCGUGCGCGUGUGCAAGCAAGGAGAGUGGAAGCCUCUUAACCCCAACAGGAUAUGUCACAAAAGACCCUGUGAACAUCCUGGAGACACGCCCUUUGGCUCUUUCCAUCUUGAGAAUGGAGAGACCUUUCACUACGGUGUGAAAGCCGUUUAUACAUGUGAUGAUGGGUAUCAGUUGCUUGGUAUGAUUAAUUACCGGGAAUGUGAUGCAGAUGGAUGGACCAAUGAUGUUCCAAUAUGUGAAGUUGUUAAGUGUGAACCAGUGACAGAGCCAAAGAAUGGUAAAAUUAUUGGUGUACUGGAUAUAGAUCGGGAAUUUUCUUAUGGACAAGUGGUACGGUUUGAGUGUGAUUCAGGCUACAAGCUUGAUGGGCCUAAAGAAAUACAUUGUUCAAAAGGUGGUGAUUGGAGUGACGCUACCCCAAAAUGUGUGGAAACUUCCUGUGAAACACCGGAUAUUCCAAAUGGGACUCCUCUAUAUGACAAGCAAACUUAUAAAGAAAAUGAACGAUUUAAAUAUAAAUGUAAUAAGGGCUAUUCUUAUGCUGAAAGAGGAGAUGCUGUGUGCACUAAAUUUGGAUGGAAUCCACGUCCCUCUUGUAAAGAAAUAACAUGUACUCCUCCUUAUAUUCAAAAUGGAAUCAUCAGACCUAAAAAAUCCAUAUAUAGAGGUGAAGAUUUAGUCACAUACGAGUGCAUAAAUAACUUUUACCCUACAACUCGGGAAACAACAAUAAAAUGCACAAUGACAGGAUGGGAACCAAGUCCAAGAUGUUCUUUCAAACCUUGUGAAUUUCCAAACAUAACACAUGGAUUCCUAGAUGACAGAUACAAUCCAGAGUUUCCAGCAACUGUAGGAAAAGGGUACUACUAUAGCUGUUAUGAAAAUUUUGUGACGCAUUCGAAACGCACCUGGGAAUACAUCAAGUGCACACAAACAGGAUGGAAGCCAGAAGCGUCUUGCCAGAGAAAAUGCAUCUUCAAUCAUUUGAAAAAUGGAAAGGGGGUAUUAUGGCUAUCAAAAACAUAUUACCAAGGUGAAUCGAUGAUACCUGAGUGCAAUCCUGGCUUUAGUCUUCCAAAUGGGCAGACACUCAUGAAAUGUACAGAGAAUGGCUGGUCUCCUCCUCCCAUAUGCGAGCAAAUCAAAACAUGUUCACAUUCAGACAUAGAAAUUCAGAAUGGUUUUUUUUCUGAAGCUACUACUCAAUAUCCCAUAAAUAAACAAGCACAAUACAAGUGCAAACCAGGCUUUGCAACAGCAAAUGGUGAAACUUCAGGAACAAUUACUUGUCAGCUAACUGGAUGGUCAGCUCAACCUAAAUGCUUUAAAUCUUGUGAUAGGCCGGGAUUUAAGAAUGCUCUAAGUAAAAGAAAUGGCACACGGUUUAUACUCAAUGAUCAGCUGGAGUAUCAAUGCAAACCUGGCUAUGAAACCAAAGCAGGAAGGACCGGUGGUUCCAUAGUGUGUGAGCGCAAUGGUUGGUCUGAUCAACCUGUUUGUCGUGAAAAAGAAUGCACUGUCCCGAAUUUAGACGAAAACAUAUUGGCUUCUCCCUCAAAAGUAAAAUAUAGAAUUGGAGAGGUGUUGAAAUUCUCUUGUAGAAAUAAACUUGAGAGAGUUGGACCAGAGUCAGUUCAGUGCUAUCACUUUGGAUGGUCUCCUAAUCCUCCAACAUGUAGAGGUCAUGUUAAACGUUGUGGUUUCCCGCCUUCACUUUUGAAUGGAAGAUUGACAGAAGUGGAGAGAGAAGCCUAUGAACACAGUGCCGUGGUGGAAUAUGUUUGUGAUCCUCAGUUUCUGAUGAAAGGUUCUAGGAAGAUUCAGUGUGUUGAUGGAAAUUGGACAGCUCUGCCUAUAUGCAUUGCGGAGCAGAGUACAUGCCAAGAUGAACCUGAACUUGAGAAUGGCUUUGCUGAUUCCUCUGCUCCUCUAUAUUAUCAUGGAGAGUCAAUCGAGUUCAAAUGCACCGAUGGAUUCACAAUGAUUGGAGAGAAAUCAGUUACAUGUUUCCGUGGAAGAUGGACCCAACUUCCUAAGUGCAUCGAAACAAGUAAACUUAAGAAGUGUAGGAAAGCAGAAUUGAUUUCAUUUCAUUCUUCUAAGAAUAAAUUUAAUCACAAUGACAAUGUAACUUACACAUGUAAUGGUAAAUCAGAAAUAAAAUUCUCAACCUGCAUAAAUGGAAACUGGGAUCCUGAAAUAAACUGCAAAGGUCAAACAAUACAGGUCUGCCCACCUCCACCUCAGAUUCCCAAUAGUCAAAUUAUGACGACCACAGUCAAUUACCAGGAUGGAGAAAGAAUAUCAAUUCUCUGCCAAGAAAAUUAUGUAAUGCAGGAAUCAGAAGAAAUGGAGUGCAAAAAUGGAACCUGGCAGUCAAUACCACGCUGUGUAGAAAAACUUCCAUGUUCUCGGCCACCUCAGAUUGAACAUGGAAACACCACAUCAGCUAGGUCUUCUCUAGGGCACGAAGUUUACCCACAUGGCACCAUACUGAAUUACACUUGUCAAGCUGGUUUUAAGAUAUCUGAAGAAGACAACAAGAUAAAGUGCUUCAUGGGAGAAUGGAGUCUUCCACCUCGGUGUGUAGGACUUCCUUGUGGAACUCCACCUCAGAUUUCCCAUGGUGUACCUCAGUUAUACAAUGGAGAUGGUUACCAAUACGGAGAAGAGGUUAUGUACAGCUGCACUGACGGUUAUGGAAUUAAUGGAUCUGCAAUUGUAAAAUGUUUAGGAGGAAAAUGGUCCAGUCCACCAGAAUGCAUAGAAACAAAUUGCUUAAGCUUACCCAAAUUCAAUAACGCCAUUCUUGUAAGCUCAAAGAAGAACUCCUAUAAAUCAGGAGAAAAGGUGACUUUUAAAUGUUCAGAUAAUUACCAACUAGACGGACCCAGUUAUACAGAAUGUUUUAACAGCAAAUGGAUAGGAGGGCCAAUAUGUCGAGAUGUUUCUUGUGGUCGUCCGCCCAUAGUUGAACAUGCUAUCAUAGAAAAUGACUGGGAGAGGUAUCCAUCUGGUGCGCGAGUGCGUUAUGAAUGUGAAAGACCUUUUAAACUCUAUGGAGACACAGCAGAAGUGCAGUGUUUAGAUGGCAAAUGGACAACACCUCCUCAGUGUAAAGACGCUGUAGGAAAGUGUGGUCCCCCUCCACCGAUAGCAAAUGGAGAUACCAUUUCAUACCAACAUAAGGAAUAUGCUCCAGAAUCAAGAGUUGAGUACCAGUGCCAAUCCCUUUAUAGACUCGAAGGACACAGGACUAUAGUAUGCCGCAAUGGCCAGUGGUCAGAACCACCCAAAUGCAUAAAUCCCUGUGUAAUAUCAGAAGACAUCUUGAAUAAACAUAAUAUAGUGUUCCGAUGGGUGGAUAAAAAGAAACUUUAUUCUGAGUCAGGGGACAAGGUUGAAUUUUAUUGUAAAUUGGGAUAUCGUAGAUUGUCACCACCUGAAUCAUUUCGAACAACCUGUCGAGAUGGACAAAUAGCAUAUCCCACGUGUGGGUAAAUUAAUAUUUCUAGUGCAAUCAGAAACUUAAAAUAUAUACAUUUGUUUUGAAUAUUCAUUUAUAAUCCAUUCUUCUCAACUCAUUCUUAAUGUUUAAACUUUAUUUGUAGUUAUCAAGCUAGGUACACAUUAUGUUGAUGAUGCAGUUUUAAUAUGGGAGAUCCGUGAAUUACAUUUUAAAGGUAACACAUUAAAAGUUUGUAAAAAUUAAUGUGUAUCCUAUUUGUAAAAUGUCUCUAUUUUGAAAUUUGACGUAGAAUCUUUUCUGCCUACUUCCUCCUGUCAUUUUGCUAAUAUUGUUCCACCUCUUUCUAGAACUUCCAGGGAUUUCUGAGACUCUAUUUCAAAGAAACUGUAGAAACAUGCAGGCUUUCAAAAUACUGCCAAUUCCAAACACUUAUAACUCAGGCUAAAUUAAAUGUCUAUGCUAAGAACAAAAUAUAAAUAGCUCACUUUUCUUCAUUUGUGACUAGAUUCCAAUUCCAAAAUCAUGCAAUAAUCUUCACACUUUUGUUGAUACAUGACUAAAUUGAAAUUUUAAAAUAAUGCUGAUGAUUAGAAGAGUGGGAAAGAGCCUGUGAUACAAGAGUUAGGUAUCAUAUAUAACACUUGAACUUUUAUAGAAGGGGAUUGGUGUAGUCAUUAUGAAAAGUCAUAAUUCAUGAAAAUGAAAAGUCUCGUCUAGUAUUCUCACUUGGGUACUUACUAAAAGGGGACUAAACACUAAGUCGAAGAAAAUAAACAUAGCCAUGUUCAAAGCAUUAUUAUGUACAAGAGUGGACUGGGAAAAACAGAAGUUCCCAUUGACGUGUGAUUGGAUAAGGAACAUACUGCUUCUAUGCUCAAUGAAAUACUGACAGUUAUUUCAACAUAAUGAGAUAUUGCCACUUCUGAGCACAUGUAUGACUGUGAUUUAUUAAACUAAUCCAAUGGAGAAAGAUAAGUAAUGCAUGAUUUCAUUCAUAUGUGGUUCAUAAAUGAAAUGGA